AUGUUUUGGCGCUUUGGCUUAAACCCCUCAGCCAUUGAUGGCCUCUUAGACAAAGAAGAUCUAACUCUACAAGAACUACUGGAAGAAGAUGACUUAUUACAAGAAUGCAAAACACAAAACAAUAAAUUAAUUGAUUACCUUCGUCGGCCAAAUAUACUUUCCCAACUACUACAAUAUAUUAUUCAGGAAGAUUUGGAUGAUAGACAACGUUUCAAAUAUCCAUAUGUCGCUUGCGAAGUUCUCUCUUGUGAAAUUUGGGCCAUUUGUGAGGCUGUAAUUGAUAACCCUGACUUACUUGCUUCUUUCUGGCAACUUUUGGAUCGCCCACCACCAUUAAAUCCAUUGCAAGCAAGCUAUUUCGUAAAAGUGAACGCGGUGUUUUUAUCAAGGAAAACAAGCGAGAUGGUAAAAUUCAUACGAUCUAUACCAAAGGUCGUCAACAAAUUAUUGACACAUAUGGAAACUUCAGCAAUCAUGGAUUUAUUAUUGAAAUUGAUCAGCGUUGAGGAGUAUCCAGAGGGUGCUGGGGUUGUCGAUUGGCUGAAUUCGGAAGGACUUAUUCAGUCUUUAAUUUCCAAAUUGGAUCCUAAUCUUGAUCCCGACAUACAUUCAACGGCUGCUCAAGUUUUAAACGAUAUAAUAUCAAUAUCUCAAUCGAGUAAUCCCGAGCAAGGAGGCGUUGGACCGAACGCCUUGAGUAGAGAACUUAUUAGUGAAAAGAUAGUUUCGCGACUUGUUGAUUAUAUGCUUGACGUGAAAUCCUCUGGCUCAACAUCCACUCUAAUAAAUGGUGUUGGUAUAUUUAUUCAAAUAAUUCAGAAAAAUAAUUGGUCAGUUACUCAUAGCUUAGUAUUAGAAGAAAUUAUUUUUACCCUCAAGCUUAUUUUACUUUCUUCCAACUUUAGUGAUUACAAUGAAGAGGCGAUGUUAUCUCUAGUACAACACAAUCAACACAAUUCGGUGGUUGAUUUGAGUGAAAUGUUAAGAGUUUUGGCUAAUCGUAUUGGAGAAUUUAAGAAAUUACUAGAGAGUCCCAAAUCAGUGACGAAACCUAUCGAGACUACGAUAGGGAAAAUGGUUCCACUUGGCUUUGAACGAUUUAGAAUUUGCGAACUUUUUGCUGAAUUAAUUCAUUGCUCUAAUAUGAGUUUAAUGAAUACAAUUCGUCCCGAGUCUUCUUCAAACGGCUUAUUUGGUAUUCAAAAUUCAAAUAACAACUAUAGUGAUUAUGAACACGCAGAUUCUACUUUUGUGUCAGUAGUGCCAGAACAAGAACAAAAAGGUUACAGUUCAUCUCUCGACUCGAUAAACUCCACAAAGUCCACCACGCAACAAGAGACAAAUUCUGACCUGCCUGGAAAUUCAAUUGACUCGACUUUACCUAUGGACACUGUUGAAAAUGAACAUGGGCAGACAAUAAACAAUUCUGUGGAAUCAAACAAAAAUAGUAAUCAAUUAGCCACGCAAAAUCAAAAUAAUAUACCAGUUGGUGAUCUGCUUAAAGAGAAAUUCAUCGAGCAUAAAAUCAUUCCAACUUGUCUGGAUUUGUUCUUCACUUUCAAGUGGAACAAUUUCCUGCAUACAGUUGUUUACGAUAUGAUUGCCCAGAUUUUCAAUAGACGAAUGGAUAUUGGUCGAAAUAAAGAAUUGGCCAUAUCUGUAUUUACAGAUGGCAAGUUAACCAAAAGAAUUACGGAAGCUCAAAAAACCAAUGAGAAAAAAGUGAAGGAGCCUAAAGGGGUGAGAUUAGGUUAUAUGGGACAUUUAACAUUCAUCGCUGAAGAGGUUGUCAAAUUACUGGAUCGAUAUGCAGUGGACAUUGAGUAUAUCGAGGCACCAGAAUGGCAGGAAUAUGUGUCAAAAACUCUUCGUGAAACACGAGAACGUGAUCGUGCACCUUUAGGUGGCCAAAGGCCCAAUGAACACGAUUUGUCGCCGAGUCACGAAGAGAGCGAAGACGAGGAGGAUGAUUCAAUUGAGCCCACCGCUGUUCCUGAUAAUGGUGAUAUAGCUAGCCAUCAAUUUGCUCGAUAUUUAUGUCAACAAAUCACUAAUCAUGACAAGUUUAAUUCAUCGGACGAAGAUGAAGAUGAGGAUGACAGCUGGAUGGGGGAUGAUUUCAAUCCAAAUGUGAAUGACAGAGAUUUCGAAAAUCGACAGUCUUCGCUGGACGAUGACUAUGGAGAUGACAGUGAUGAAGAGGAAGCUCCUAGCAAAUGGUCACCGACGCUAGCCAACUUUUCAUCAAAUUUCGGAAAUGAUAUUAGUACAAACGAACAACACAAGACAACCGAGGUUUCAAUGGCAGCAGUCGAGAUGUCUCCCUAUAUUUUGAUCAACAAUACACCAGUCACCGCCACUACCACCACAACUAAUCAUCAUCACAUUACUACAUCUGCUACGACAACAACACCUGACGAGACUGUGAAAUCUAACAACGCCGCUUUUUCGAAUGCCACCAACCCUGCAAUACCCAACUCUUUAAAAACAACACCAUCAACCGCAUCACCACCUCCUAUCGUGAAAAUAUCCACAUCUUCAUCAUAUACCGGGGGGUGUAGAAGUCCAUCUGAUGUUAUUAAUGAUGACGAGGAGGAAGAGGAAAAGGAGGAAGAUAGAAUAUUACCCAUAGGGCAAGAAUCUCCUAUAAUGGAAAAUAAUUCAAUCGCGACGUCACGUGGAAGUGAAGAUAAAUUAAUGGACUUUUCUACCUUUGAUAAAAUGGGGAUAAAAGUUGAGAAUAAUGGCGAUGAUGGAUUUUCUGAAAAGAUCUAA